UGACAGGUCGCACACACAUGGGUCGGAGCUGUCUGUGGUGCUGAAACCCAACACGUUUUGUCUACGGCGAUUCACUGUUCUCCCCAGGAGCCGGCCAACAGUUUGAUGAUUUUACUCACGCUCCCACAUUCCAGCGCAGCACAACAAUGGCCGGGAUCAGGGGCAUCUUAACGGCCGUCUCUGGAUUUUACUUCUGGGAAGCAGCGCUACUGCUCAGUUUGGUAGCUACAAAGGAAACAGACAGUGCACGAUCUCGUCCUUCACCGAUGUCACCUUCUGAUUUCCUGGACAAAUUAAUGGGCAGAACGUCUGGCUAUGACGCAAGAAUACGACCUAAUUUCAAAGGUCCACCGGUGAAUGUUACAUGCAAUAUAUUUGUUAACAGCUUUGGAUCAAUUGCUGAAACGACAAUGGAUUACAGACUGAAUAUCUUUUUACGCCAGAAGUGGAAUGACCCUCGCCUUGCAUACAGUGAAUAUCCAGAUGAUUCUCUAGAUUUGGAUCCAUCUAUGUUGGACUCUAUUUGGAAACCUGAUUUAUUUUUUGCAAAUGAAAAGGGGGCAAAUUUUCAUGAAGUCACUACAGACAACAAACUUCUAAGGAUUUUCAAAGAUGGAAAUGUUCUUUACUCUAUAAGACUGACCCUUACUUUAUCAUGUCCAAUGGAUCUGAAAAAUUUUCCAAUGGAUGUGCAAACCUGUAUAAUGCAACUAGAAAGCUUUGGAUACACUAUGAAUGAUCUCAUUUUUGAAUGGCAAGAAAAUGGACCUGUCCAAAUUGCAGAUGGACUUACCUUGCCUCAGUUUCUUCUCAAAGAGGAAAAGGAUUUACGCUACUGUACUAAACACUAUAACACAGGAAAAUUUACCUGCAUAGAAGUGAGAUUUCAUCUGGAAAGACAGAUGGGAUACUACCUAAUUCAGAUGUAUAUUCCUAGUCUUUUGAUUGUCAUUUUAUCAUGGGUAUCAUUUUGGAUAAAUAUGGAUGCAGCACCAGCAAGAGUUGCCCUGGGCAUCACAACUGUACUGACUAUGACAACACAGAGUUCAGGUUCCCGAACAUCUCUUCCUAAGGUAUCUUAUGUAAAAGCUAUUGAUAUCUGGAUGGCCGUGUGCCUACUCUUUGUCUUCUCUGCCCUUUUGGAAUAUGCAGCAGUAAACUUUGUAUCAAGGCAACACAAAGAACUUCUAAGGUUUCGACGGAAGAGAAAGAAGGAUAGGGAUGGUGAUGUAAGAGAAAGUGGUUUUAGUUUUACAGCCUAUGGAAUGGGACCUUGUCUACAGGCAAAGGAUGGCGUCAAUCCAAAGGGACCCCUAAAUCCUCCUCCUGCACCAAGAACACAUGAAGAGAUGAGAAAGCUAUUUAUUGACAGAGCCAAGAAGAUAGACACAAUUUCUCGAGCUGGUUUUCCUCUAGCCUUUUUAAUUUUUAAUAUAUUCUACUGGGUCAUAUAUAAAAUUCUCAGACAUGAGGACAUUCACCAACAGCAAGACUAAAGGACUAGAUGUUCUCUUGUAACAAAUAAUGCAUUCAGUCAUAACAGCAUUUAAAAAAGUUAAACUAUGAAAUCUUGCACCCAUGGAAUAUAAUGACCUCAUUUAUUUCCUACCUUCUAAAUGUGAAACACUUUUCUAAAUAGGCCUGUGUUACAGCUAAACUAUACUGCCAGUCAUUUCUAAAUGGGAUCAAACCACAGUGUCUCCUUUCAAUUAUUAUUUUCUAUAGUAAUUGUAUUUUUGCAUCUAUUGUACAAAGCAGGACCAAACCAAUCUACUUAAAUAUUAACAUUAUUACUACAAAAUGGAAACAUUUUUACAUUUUUAAAUCUUAUAGAAGCAACGACUUCCUUUUGCCAAGAGACAAAUUGUAUUAUGUCCUUUUUGUGUUAAGAUAAAUGUGAUAUUUUGUACAAGGCACAAUUGUAGUCAGUCUUACAUAAGAUUCAGCUGGAAAUGAGUUUCUUAGCAAACUUUAAAUAAACAUUCAGGGGAGUCUAAUGCUGGUCACACAUUAGACUGUGGAACCGGACAGCCUAAAGAUUGGAUCUGUAGCCAGUUCAGUCAUGUCAAACCAAAUUAUCUAAUAAUGGCACAGAGCCAGUUAUUGGGUUGUCAGGAAAAUUAUCAGAACACUGCCUUUGGCUAUAUACACAGCCUGAUACAGUCAGUUGGCCAAAUUAAUGUAUUGCCAUGUCCAAAUGAAACAUUCUGAUUCCAAUUCUGAUUGGAAAGUUUGGUCACUUUGCAUCUAGGCCAGUUUGGCCAUAACUGCCAUUAGCGGCUGACAAUAUGAAACUUUAUGUGCUCAGUUUUAACUCUGUUCAUAGUGCAUACAUUCCGAUAUCCUUAUGCUCUAUAACACGGACAAUAUCAGAUUCUGAAUAGAUUAAUUACAGGUGCAUUACCUCAACUGUGAUAUGUUUAAUGUCUUAUAAACUAUUCCUAAAUGUAUCAUUUUUUUAUCAGUGAUUUAUAGUAAUUGAAAAGUGACACGCUUUAUAUAUGUCAGAGCUGUGUUUUGUAAGACCUUCAUUAAGUUGUCAAUUGAAAAAAAUGCAAAGGUCUCAUUUUAUUAACAAAAGUAUACAGGAAACAAAAUGUAAUAAUCUGCAUGCGCAAAGUGACAUUUUAACAGCAUUAGAUGCUCAUGGGCAGAGACACAUUUACAUGUAAAAUGCAUAAAAAUUCAAUUACAUUUUCAAUUUCACAAACAAAAAAAUUGCAAAAGUUCUUUAUUUGACAGAAGGUGAACAAUACAAAUACAUAAACUGACUGUUUAAAACCACGGGCUGGCAACUGAUCUCAUCAUUUAUAAUAGAAGACUUUUUCCCUAAAUCUUUAUAAAAUGGC